GGUGAUAUAGUAGUCGCUGAUACCGAGAACCACAGAAUUCAAAUAUUCAACAGUGAUGGAUUAUUCAAAUUUAAUUUUGGAACUAAAGGAAGUGAACCUUACAAUUUAUGUUACCCUAUGUGUGUUGCAAUGACAAGUAAUGAUACAAUAGCAGUGACGGACAGCGUAAACGCCUCAGUAAAAAUUUUCUCCUUGGGAGGAAACCUUCUGCAGCAUUUCAAACCAAAGAGUAUAUUCGAAUUUCCAUACGGGAUAUGUGUUAGUUUUGAAGGUCAUUUAGUGGUGACGGAUAUUUGCAAACACGAAGUGAUUGUUUUACACCCAAAUGGCGAACCAAGUCACAUUAUCGGUUGCUAUGGUGAUGGCGCAAGAGAAUUCGAUCAUCCAUAUUUCGUGACUGUGAACAAAGACAAGCAAAUAAUUGUCUCCGAUACGGGAAAUAGUUCCAUCAAGAUCUUCCAAUUUCAAGGCAGAUUACUCCGCUCGUUU